GCAAUUGCAGCCGCUGGCGAUGAAGUAUUAAAAGGUUGGCAACAUGAGAAGCAGUAUUCCAGUGUGGGCUGCACUGGCCCAGCUACUGCUGCUCGUCCUGGCCACUCGGCUAGGUACCAGUGCAUCCUCAACUUCUGCUGGCGACGGCACCGCCUGGCAACGGACCCUAUUUGGACGCAAUUCACGUAAUUUGCUGCAUCGGGGAUCAGCCGCCUCCCCUGAUGUCGAUGUGGGCGGCACAUUUGAUAUGUUUGCCAGCAAUCUGAACAAUGCUGGCUACAACAAUGAAUAUGCCCAACUAUUUGCACCAUACACCAUGGAGCAGCAGCAACAGCAACAACAGCAGCAGCAGCCACAACAGUCUAAAACGCCUUCACUACGUCAGCCGCAGGCCGAGGUAUAUGGCAUUGUGGAGCCACUGAUUGAGGACACGCCCUGCGCGAACCGUGCCUGUCUCCUAAACACCGACUGCUGCCCCACAGGCGUCUGUGUAAACACAUAUGGCGAGCGCAAAUGCGUUUAUGUCUUCGGACGGCAACGGGAUCUGUGCCAGCGUCAUGCGGACUGUGCGCCAGGCAGCGCCUGCAUGCUCGCCCCCCAGGAGGGUAUCUGGCGUUGCGAGAAGGAGUCGCCGGUGCUGCAGGAUGUGUUCAGUGUGCGGCCCAAACAGCCGCUGGGCAGCGAGUGCAGCAGCAGCAGCGAGUGUCAAGUGAUCAACGGCAUGUGUUGCCAGCAGCAGCGUUUUCAUCAUCGUGCCGCCUCCAAGCUGAGCUGCGGCUAUUUUCGCGACGCCUUCGACUGUGUGGAUGUCACCCAAGAGCAUUUGCCAAGCGUUUUCCAGCAGCGUCGCAACUGAAACCGAACGAUAGAAGGAUGCAAGAUAUAUAUUUAUUUAACUAAAGGUAAUUUAAAGGCAGCGGCACCGAUUGAUUAAAACAUAUAUCUAAUGAAAUGGAAAUUAAUUAACAUAUCAAAUGUUUAACAAAUGCAUAUCAUUCUUGUUGUUUAUAUAUGUAUAGGCAUUAAGUAUAGUGCUUGAUGGCAAAACAAUUCAAAUAUUUAAUACAACUAUAUUGAUAUUCCACAUGAACUUAAAUGUGUUUUGCGUAGAAAUAAUUGUAUUAAUCCAACAAAAAAACAAGUAACAAAGAUUAACAAACAAAAAAUUAAUAAAAAAAAAAUACUGACUGAGGCAUUCAAUGUUAUUACAGCAAGUAUUAAAAUAACAAUUUUAUUAAAAUUAACUAGUUCAAACUCUACAUGUAAAAAUACAAAUUAUAAUAAUUAUAAUGAAACAACAAAAAUAUAGCAAAGACCAUAAACGAAAUGUGAACUGUACCUUUAUGCGUUCCCCAUUCGCAUCAAGUCAAGUCAAUAUAUAGAACAAGCGCAAAAUAAUGCACACAUUUAAAUAUAUAUUGAUAAUUUAUUCUAUGUGAAUGUAUUACAUAAAAUAAACAACCAUUCAUAAUGUUAAUGAGGAAACAAAGUAAGCAAACAAAUAAAAACAAAAUGUAAGGCACGCAUAAAGUGCAAAGGGCGCAUGCCCACAAAACCAAAAAAAAAA